AAUCGUUGCCAAUUUCGACCGUUUCCCUAUGGCCAAAUUUGUGUAGCCAACUUCUUGGGGCAAUCGCCGCAGAAAGAUGUCUGGCACUGGCUGACUGAGUCUCGGUCUAGACGUCGUCUAAUGACAAACGCAAACCGCAAAGGACGAAGGACGAAGGACAUCGAGAGAAGCGUUAUGCAAGGCAGUCGAAGCCAAGUCAAAUGGAAAUGCCCGGGCUCCACGUCUGGCUGCUAGAUAAAUAAACUGAACUUUAAAUGGAUGCAGCGACCCAUCGAUGACUCUCCAAUGGUCCGGGCUAAUUUCGACUGACCACACUGGAAGAAAACAUGGUCUGAUUUGAGUGCACUUGAACAGAGGGGCAAUAUGAAGAUAUGAAGACUUCUGUUGAGCACUCGGGCGAAAGAAUCUCUCUCGAAUCGAAUCGAAAUUCAUAAAAUGCAUGCAAAAUAAACCGAAAAAGUGGCGCAUCAUCAUUAUUUAUUCGAUUUUCCCCCCAUCUUCAACAAGAGACUCAAUCAAUGACGACAUCGUCGUUUAAAUUUGUAGGUCCAAAAGCAGGCAAAGCCAAAAUUUGCAUAGCUUGAAGAGAAAGAGAAAAGUGGAGCCAUUGCCAGACUAUUGAGAAAUUAAUAUGCAAAUUUCUGACGGUAGAACUUCGCAUUCGCAUUGUUCCCAUUCAAGUGAAAUUUUCGAGGCAAAAACUUUGCCUUCGCAGGUAUAAAAUAGAAAUCUCAUGCCAAAAGCGGUUUCAGUAUUAUUUUCAAACACGAAACAUGAAGACAUCUUUGGGCUUUAAUUGCGGAGUUUUGCUCCUCUGUUCAAUUCUGUGCUCUGGUCAGAAUAUCACAAAUGAGAGCAACAACCAGGAGGUCAUCAAAGUGAAGGUCCUGCUGCAGUCAUCCUCAUCAGAUCCUUCGUUGAGUGCCUCUAGUACCACGACCUCUAAGCCCAAAAGCAGUCCCACAGCCAAGUCCUCAAGUCAGGCGCAUGAAAUCGAGGAGGAGGACUACAACUUCCACAACGAUCGACUUCCCGCUUUGUCAGAGGAUGAGUACAACAACCUGGGCGAGGAUGCCAAUCCGCUGCACUUCCUCAAACAACAGCCACUGGAUCUUGAAAAGGAAGUGAUGUCACCGCAAAUUGAGAAAACUGAGCAGCCGCAGCAACAGCCAAGUCAGCAGAUCAAGGUUCAGCCAGACUCCCCAGUGGUCACUCCGCAACCAGUUGGCUCACCCAUCUUCAUCACCAUUCCCAUCUAUAUCAGCACGGGUGGCAAGCUGCCCCUCACCCUGACAAUUGGAGAUCAGGAGCUGUCCCUGAGAAAGGCCAGUGGCGCUGGCUCCAGCAUGAGGAAUCCCUCGACCAAGGCACCCAACUCGCACUUUAAUCGCCUGCUCCAGCAGAUUGAAUCUCCCAGGAGACGGACCACCAAUCGCCAUCGCAGCCAACUGAAGAGUCACAUCUAUGCGAUGCAGGAGAGGAAGGAGGGAAAGGAUCUAGUCCAUCACCCAAUGCAAUAA